AGUCUGUUUUCCUCCUACAUAUAAACACUCUCCUCUCACUCUCUCAAUCUCACCGCACAUUUCAAACUCAAAUAUCUCAACCUUUUCUUUAUCAUUUUCCACACUAUGGCUGUCGACGAAGCUCAAUUUGCAUCAGCUCUUCAUUUUAUCAAACAACAUUUACUCACCUCGCCUACUCCAGAUUUCCACAUUGACCACAUUUUCGAAUUCAAAUCCACAGAUCUCAUCACUCCAGAAUCUCAAUCACACUGGACUCCACUUUUCGAACCGGAAUUAAAUCCGCUUAUCAUUACUCAAUCUCAUAAUUACAACUUAUUUGAUUUCGAGCCCAAGACGAAUCCGAAUCGAAAACCGUCACUUCAAAUCUCACUCCCGAAAAAAACCGAAUGGAUCCCGUUCACUGAACCGGAUGUGAAACCGGUGCAGGUUGAAGACAAAAGGCAUUACAGAGGAGUACGACGAAGGCCUUGGGGAAAAUAUGCAGCGGAGAUUCGUGACCCGACCCGGAAAGGUACACGUGUGUGGCUUGGAACAUUCGACUCGGAUAUUGAAGCGGCUAAAGCUUAUGAUAGAGCUGCAUUUAACCUGCGCGGCUCUAAAGCUAUUUUAAACUUUCCGUUAGAAGCUGGGAAGUUAAGUACACGCGCUAAUGAGGGAAGUGAACGUAAACGGAUAAGGAAAAGUGAGAUUGAGGAGAGAGAAGCGAAGAAGAAGGUUGUUAAAAGGGAGGGGGUUGAAACGGAAAUGGAAACGGAGUUUGCAUUGACGCCGUCGAGCUGGACGACGUUGAAUAUGAUAUUUAAUGUUCCGUUAUCACCACAUCCAUCGUUAGGAUAUUCCCAGCUUAUGGUUAUAUGAAUUUUUGGCCGUUGGAUUUUAUAAAUAUUCAAAAUUUGUACAAUCAAUUACUUUAUUUUUAUGUACAGCCACGGAAAAAUUAUUAGUUAGACUCAGUCUACCACGUUAUCUGUGAA